AUGGAGACAAGCAUUUCAUCAUCAGUGCCAACAACUUCUGCGCUCCCGCAACCCAUUAUAACAACCAGCCGCCUCGUGAUCCGAGCCCUCCAUCCGCAAGACAAUCACUCAAUGAGCCUUAACGCGAAUAACCCCCUCAUCUCGAGAUACAUGUCCAAUACCUUCCCAGACCCUUACACGCUGUCCGCCGCUGACGACUGGAUCGCCAUGAAUGUUGCUAAAUCCGUGCAAAAUGAUUUUGGGAUUUGCGAAAAAUCCUUCCCGGAGGCAAUUAUCGGUGGCAUAGGGCUUAAGCCUGGCGCGGAUGUGAAUGCCCACACAGGGGAGAUUGGAUUCUGGGUCGGGCAGAACUACUGGGGAAAUGGUUAUGCGACUGAAGCACUAGAAGCUUUCACGCAAUGGGCCUUUUUGAACGAGGAAGUCGAAAGGACGAGGAAGACGAAGUUGUACGGUGGUGUGUUUGGUGGAAAUACCGCCAGUAUGCGAUGUUUUGACAAGUGUGGGUAUACGAGAGAGGGAAUAUUGAGAGGCAGACUGGGAAGUGAGGGUCAAUAA